AUGGAUUCAGCUCUCAAAGUUUCGAGCAUGCCCAACUGGGGCAAUCCUCAACUUAAAACUUUCAAUGUGCAAGAGAUUGCAAGAGAACAACCCCAAACUGUACCAAAAAGGUACAUGAGAUCAGAGGAAGAGAGACCCGGAACACUAACAAAACUUCCUGGUCAGUUGAGCAUCCCAGUGAUUGACAUGACCAAUCUCUCCCAAGGAGGAUUUCACAGGAAAGAAGAGAUCUGUAAAAUUGCCAAGGCUUGUGAAGAAUGGGGUUUCUUUCAGGUUCUAAAUCAUGGCAUCCCUCACUCUCUGAUGGAUGAUAUAAAGAGAGUUGAGAAGGAGUUUUUCCAUCUUCCAUUAGAGGAGAAACAGAAAUGUGCACUUAGAGAUUUUCAGGGCUAUGGGCAGAUCUUUGUUGUGUCAGAGGAUCAAAAGCUGGAUUGGGGCGAUUUGUUGGGUUUAAUAAUAAGUCCUCCACGGAGCAGGAAUUUGAGUUUGUGGCCAGCUGUGCCGGCUGAUUUCAGGCAUAUUGUGGAUGAAUACAACAAAGAGAUUAAAAGUCUUGCUGUGCAGCUGCUGAGUUUAAUUGCAGAAACUUUACAUAUAAAAACUGAUUACUUUGAGCAUUCAUUUGGAAACACCUAUCGAAAGAUGCGGAUGAAUUACUAUCCACCAUGUCCAAAACCAGAUCAUGUUCUAGGCCUCAGCCCACAUGCAGAUGGAUCUGGCAUCACACUAUUGUUGCAGGAUGACGAAGUUGAAGGAUUGCACAUCCGAAAGGAUGAUAAAUGGGUGGCUAUUCAACCAAUUCCUUAUGCUCUAGUAGUUAACAUUGGCUUCUUCUUAGAGGUGAUGUCAAAUGGAAGAUACAGAAGCAUCGAGCAUAGAGCAGUAACAAGCAAAGAGAAUGCCAGACUAUCUAUUGCCAUUUUUUACAGUCCAGGAUUUGAUGCAGAGAUCAGUCCUGCACUGGAACUGAUUGACGAAAAUCAUCCCUGCUUGUUCAAGAAAUUUAUACAUGAAGAUUUUAUUAGACACUACAUGUCUCAUAAGAUUGAAGGAAAAAAAGCAUUAUAUGAAUAUGCAGGUAGAACAGCGAAUGGCAGAAAAUAA